UUUUUUUUUAUUGAUUGUUUUCCUCAUUUUAAACAUGGGAAAUGUCCAAACAUACAGGAACAAGAAACAAUUGGUGAAACCUGAGAGAUCCAUGUGACAGUUUUCCAAGAUGGCAUUUAUUAAAGAGGAGACCGAAGACAUAAGAAUUGCAGAACCAUUCAGAGUGAAACAUGAAGAUACUGAGGAACAAAAAGACCUGAUGCCGCUUAAAGAGGAGAGUCAAGAACUGAAUGAAAUGGAGGAGACACAAUUGUAUGAGAAACAUGAUUUCAUAACUGAAGAUAAACUUUGCUCACAGCCUGAAAAGUCUUUCUCACAAAAAAGAGGCGAGGAGACGGGAUCUAAAAGAUCUUUCACCUGUCAACAGUGUGGAAACUCGUUCACUACAGCACAGAACUUUAAAUACCACAUGAGAAUUCACACUGGAGAGAAGCCUUUCACAUGUGAUCAAUGCGGAAUGAGUUUCAUACGUAAAAUCACCCUUGAUUUCCACAUGAGAAUUCACUCAGGAGAGAACCGUUUUAUAUGCCAUCAGUGUGGACAGAGUUUCACGUCUGUGAAACGCCUUAACAUUCACAUGAUAAUUCACUCCAGAAAGAGGCCCUACGAAUGUUUCCAAUGUGAAAAGGUGUUCAAAUUUAAAAAGGACCUCGUAAGACACAUGAGAAGUCACACUGAGGAGGGACCUUUCAAGUGCCAUCAAUGCGGAAAGGGUUUAAAACAUGAAGAAUCCCUUGCUUUCCACAUGAAGAUUCACACUGGACCUUUCAACUGCAAUCAGUGUGGAAAGAAUUUCAUACAUAAAGGACAGCUUAAUGCUCACAUGAGAGCUCACAAAAGAGAGAACGAUUUGAAAUGUACUCAAUGUGGGAAGAUUUUUACAAAGAAGAAACUCCUUAACAUUCAUAAAAAUGCUCACCCCGAAGAGCAGCAUUUCCCCUGUCCUGAGUGUGAAAUGAGUUUCACAUCUAAAGGAAACCUUAAGACUCACAUGAGGAUUCACACUGGAGAGAGACCUUACACCUGGGAAGAUUUUCAUACAUAA